GGACUGUCCCGUUCCAAGUGAGCUGGUCAGUGUUAUUGUAUACCCGUUGACAACUGCAAGAAAACCAUUGCCUCGCAGAAUUGGUUAGCAGUAUCGACGCUGUCGUUUGUAGGGAAAAGAAAAUGUCCUCUGCUUAUGCAUAUCUAGACAAUAACUGGAAGUUACGUGCCCAAAAUGAAGUACUGGAAGAUCCUGACAAAGUUGUGGACAAUAUUUCAGCUCUGAAGAACCUUCUUCGAGAUGAGCCUGAAUUGUACCCAAGGACUGAUGACACAUUUCUUCUUGCAUUUUUAAGGGCAAGGAAACAUGAUGUUAAUGAAGCAUUUACACUGCUGAAGAGAUUCUACGAAGUAAAGAAGAAUUAUCCAGUACACUUUGAAGAUUGUCUCCCAACAGAGAAAGGAUAUAUUUAUGAUAUCGAAGGACUAACUGUCCUAGAUCAAUGUGAUAAUGAUGAACGAAUUGUCAUUGUGUUAAGGGUUGAGAAAGCUGAUUUGAAGAAAGUGACAAUAGAAAACUUAUUUCAACAACUAUCAACAACACUUUCCUUUUUUCUUGAGGACCAGCGUGUGCAGAUUUCUGGGAUAAGUAUUAUCAUGGAUCUAAAAGGAUUUGGAUUUAAGCAUCUGUUUGCUCUCACACCUUCAUCUGCACUGUUGUUAACAAGAUUAUUUCAGGAUUGUUUUCCCAUCAGGCUUAAAGCUAUCCAUGUGGUGAAUGAGCCUAUUUUUAUUGGUUCGCUAUUUUCUUUAUUCAAACCAUUCAUAAAGGAAAAACUGAGGAAACGUAUUCAUUUUCAUGGUACUAAUUUGUCCUCACUGCAUGCUUGUUUACCAUAUGAAAUUUUACCACGCCAGUUGGGAGGAAUGGUACCUGACUUCAAUUUCACUACAUUCAGAAGGAUUUUUGAAGAAAAUGAAGAUGUAAUUAGAGGAUGGAGGAAGUUUGGUUACAACAAAACACUACAAAAUUAUAUCAUGAAGUAGUAAGGUUGAUACAUCGUUAAAACGCAACUGAUUCAGCGGCGUGCAGCUGGCCAGCCAGCAGGCGGGUGGCCAGUGGCGUGCAGCUGGCCGGCUGGCCCAUUAGACGGGCGGGCGGCCGGGGAACAUUAUCACCACCAGCCGGGACUCUAUGCGUACCUACAAUAGCAAAAAAAGAAAUGUGAAUUAUCUUGUUUAAAAAUUUGUUAAUACGGUAUGUGCAAUAAAAUAUUUUAGUCAAUGCUGGUACAUUUCCUCUCUUACCACUCUAUUCAAAUUGUUCAAAUGGCUCUGAGCACUAUGGGACUUAACAUCUGAGGUCAUCAGUCCCCUAGAACUUAGAACUAAUUAAACCUAACUAACCUAUGGACAUCACACACCUCCAUGCCCAAAGCAGGAUUCGAACCUGUGACCAUAGCAGUUGCAUGGUUCCAGACUGAAACACCUAGAACCGCAUGGCCACUGCAGCCGGCCCACUCUAUUCAUCAUUUUCAUCGUCAUCACUAGCGGGAGAAUCAUUGUCAUCUUCACCAUCUUCCCAUAGAGUGUCGUCCUCUGUUCCAUCCAGUGAAUUUGUGCUUCCACAUUUUUUGAAGGAUUUUUCCACCAGUGGUUGUGGAAUGGAGUACCAUGCACUUUUCAUCCAUUCACAAAUCUGGGACAAAUCCGGCCAUUUGAUUUUUCCACUAGAUGUAAACUUAUGGUUUCCAUCAGCCAUCCAUUGUGUAUACUGCUGUUUAAGUGCAGCUUUGAAUGGCCGAUUUAUACACAAAUCUAGUGGUUGUAGGAUGGAUGUUAGGCCUCCAGGAAUAAUGACCAAGUCAGUUUUCCCUUUUUUUAAUUUGUCUCGCACUUCCUUAGUUGUAUGUUCGCGGAAGCUGUCCAGGACCAACAUGUUGCGUAAAUUCAGUAACGCACCAGGACGAUGUUGCCAAACAUGUGUCACUCAGUCAAUUAUAAGUUCAUUGUCCAUCCACCCUUUCGGAUUUGGUCUCACUAAUACCAGUAUGUCUUUUACUGAUAUUUUCAGAAUAGUUUUCCUUUUAAAUAUCACGUAAAGUGGUAGCUUUCAUCCAUCACCAGUUAGUUUCUUGAAGCUGCAUUUUAUUUUUUCGCCAGUCAUGAAUACAACUCUCACUCACGUCAUACUUUCUUCCUGCUGCACAAUUUCCAAUAUUCUUGGCUUCUUCAAUAAUUUUCACUUUUUCUUUAGCAGUGUACAAGUGAUAACGAGAACUUGUAGCCAUAAUUAACAAGUUUGAAGACGUUAAUACUUCACUCCUAAUGUGCUACUGAUGUGUCACAACCUGAGGCUGCAAACAAUGCAAUAGUAUAAUGGGAUGUAUUGUUGGAGGUGGAGCAGUACCAGCAAUGUUUUGAAUAAUCCACUCACCCCAGUUUUUCGCCCUAAAAUUUGGGAAAAACAUGUGCGGAUUAUUCGAGUAUAUAAGGUAAUUCCCAGCACAGCCUCCUCUGCAGCUGUUUCUAAGGUAUUUGCAUUUCAGUGUUACUGUUAUAGUUGGACGAAUAAUUAAAGCAUAUAGGAAAACAUGACUAUUUAUGGGACAAUGUUACUUGUGGUGAAAGACGCUUGUGUGGCCGUAAGGGAAUCACUUACUGCACUUUAUUUCCCAAUGCCACCUGAUUGCUGAGCUAUAAUAAACUGCGAGUAAAAUGGAUGUGGAAUUGGGCUUCAAAAACUGCCUAUGGCCUAUAUACACAAAUGCAAACUUAUCUAAGUUUUUAAAAAUUCUGCCAGUUGAUACCAAUUAAAAAUUUGAAUCAUGGUUGUUGGGUGCUAUGGCAAACUAUCUGAUAGAGGUAUGUUCAGAGAAUGAAUGUUGUAAAGAAAACUUGUGAAUAUAGAAUGUUCAUUAUUGUCAGGAAAUGUAUGUUGAGCUACUGUUUGUCAUUUCUUAGAGAACUUUAG